ACUUUGUUUUAGACAAGCGUUCUAUUAUGACGAUUUACCAAGUGUCUGCCGUUUAAAAGGUUUUGUGUGGUAUAGUGUUGAGAAUGUGCAUUCCUCCCAGCGGUAACUACAGUACUUUAACAGCAUAAAUACGGUAUAGCUGACCUUCACUGCUACCACUUCAUUAUAGUGUACACAGAUAUGUCGUUCUAGAUAUGUUGACAGUAUGUCUAAUACCUAUACCUGUGUGUGUACGCCGAACACCGAGGAUCUACCUGUGAUAGGGAAGUAUCUGUGAGCUAACAACAUGGAGGUACUGGGAUUUACCGUCCCUCUAUGGCUGGUGCUGAUCAUAGCCGUAUUGGCCCUGUAUACAUAUAUGAUGAGUCGUCACCAUGGGACCUUUAAGAAGCUCAACAUUCCAGGACCUGCACCCUGGCCAAUCAUUGGAAGUCUAGUAGAAAUCAACAGUGGGGGAUUUCAGAAGUUCCAAGUAGAUUGUAUGAGAAAAUAUGGAAAAGUUUACGGAUUCUACGGCGGACUGUCCCCUCAAACGCUCGCCGUCGGGGACAAGGAAAUGUUAAGAGAGAUUCUUGUGAAACAAUUUGCAAGCUUUACGGAUCGAAUAGUGUUUAAAGAGUUCAAUGGGGAUGUAGAUACAGCUAUUAAUAACUUAAGUGGAGAUCACUGGAAGCACGUGCGCAGCAAAAUUACUCCCGCGUUUUCUACUGGGAAACUUCGGAAAAUGGCUCCAUUGGUGGAUCACGCCAGCGACACACUUUUGAAAUCACUGAAGAGGAAUUUGAAGGAUGGCAUUGGAAUUGUUGAAAUGAUGGAAGUCUUUGGAGCCUAUACCAUGGACGUGAUAUGUUCAACGGCUUUUGGUAUUCAAAUAGAUUCACAAAACAACCCAAAUGAUGAAUUUGUGUCCAAUGCAAGAAAAUUCUUGAUUUUAAAGUUGUUUUCUCCCCUCAUCUUAAUUUUGAUAUUUCUACCAAAACUUCACUUCCUGGCGCCUUUGAUGGGAUUUACAUUCCUAGAUAAAGACAUCCAGGCGUUUUUCCGCAGGAUAACAGCCAAACUUCUUGCUGAACGUGUCGUAGGCAGCAAGGAUCGUGUAGACUUUCUUCAAUUGAUGAAAAAUGCGCAACAUGAAAGUGAAGAUUCGGACGCAGAAAACGAUGAAGAACAGGAUGACAAUAUUUCCCUAAAGACACCGUCCACGUCUUGGUCGAGGAAAGGUAUCACAUUCGAUGAAAUUCUAGGAAAUGCCGAAGUUUUCUUCUUCGCUGGUUACGAGACUACAACGAUAACUUUAUCGAUGGCUACGUAUUAUCUGGCUUUGUAUCCGGAGUACCAGGACAAACUUCGACAGGAACUGACGGACAAACUCGGAUCUAAGGACUUGACCUAUGACAACGUUCGUGAGGUUGAAUACCUGGAAAUGGUCAUCAACGAAACACUCCGAAUCAGCCCUCCUGCUACACGGACGGACAGGGUUUGUGUAAAAGAUACGGAGAUCAAUGGCAUCAAGUUUUCGGCCGGCAUGAACAUCAGCGUACCUAUCUAUGGCAUCCAUCAUGAUCCGGAUAACUGGGAAGAUCCGGAGAAGUUCAUUCCGGAAAGAUUUGCAAGCAAGGACAACUACGACCCGAUGACAUUUCUUCCCUUUGGUUACGGACCUCGGAUAUGCAUUGGCAUGCGACUUGUUCAGAUGGAACUAAAAAUGUCACUUGCCAAGGUUAUCCGCAAUUUCAAGAUUUCCGUUUGCAGCGAGACACAGAUUCCUCCCGAGAUGAUGAAGCUGGGGUUGUUAAAGCCAAAAACAGUAAAACUGAAACUGGAAGAGAUAAAGUAGACAGCGGACAUGUGGAGCCCUGGAAAUGCCUUCACGCUUUUUUUAUUUAGAUUCUAACAAUAUUCAAAGAAGUUAUCAAUUACAUAGUACUUUAAAUAGAACAGUAAUUAUACAUUUAAUACUUUAAAUAGAGCAGUCAUUAUUUUGACGGUGAACUGUUGCCGUCCACGCCCGCGUGCGGCUUCAAUUACGAAGUAAUUAUGACAUGGGAUACAGACAUGCGAUGGGUGUGACAAUAUUUUAUUGUGCGAUAUAGCCAUGCGAGUCUAAACAUGGUAUGUGUAUAUUUCCUACAUAACAUGGUAAUGAUAACAAUACAAAAUGUAUGUUUUAGUAUUUAUUCAUCUGUAUAUUUUAUUUAUACAAUGUUUAUACAAGUAGGCGCGUGUCUAACCACAGGAAAAUUUAUAAAUAAAAUCGUUUUUGAGAAAAAUA